AAAUAACAACAAUAUACAAUUAUUUGAUAUAUACAUGUUAGCAUUUAUUGAUUCGCGUGUUAAUUAGUUCGGCUUAUUUAUUAAGUUAUUUCUUCGUUCAGUGUUUAUUCAAAUCACCCGCCAUCGUGCCAUGUCUUGUCAAAGUCAUUCAUUUACAAGACGCGAGUAAACAAACAUCUUUGUUAUUUCUCUACGAAAAUGUGAGUAAGGAAUUUUUAAUUGUUUAAGCUGAAAAAACAUUUUAUAAUAUUUGUAAUCAAUAUAAGUUAAUGAUAAUGGAAAAGAAAAUUUGGAAACAUCAAGACUUAACCUGCAAACCACUUGAUACGUUGGAAGAAGUUCUGUCUUUUCUACAAGAACCGCCAAGUUGGAGUUCUCUUUGCAUAGAAAUCAAACCCCACAGUGAUAGUAUAGUACGAAAUACGGAUAUUAAUAAGUUUUUUGGCGAAAAUUUACUCGAAACCCCGCAAACAUUUUGUCAUUAUGAUCCGGAAACGGAAGAAGAAAUUGAACGUGUAGAUAGAAAAAAAAUACCAAAGACAUUGGUUUGCCACGAUAUGGCUAAUGGUUAUCAUGACGAUUCUGUAAUUGAUGGCACGGGUAAUUACAGUGCGUAUACGUUGUAUAAUUGGGGCGCCAUUGAUAUUUUCUGUUACUUCAGUCAUCAUUUCAUUACGAUACCACCCCUUGGCUGGAUUAAUGUCGGACACGCACAUGGGGUUCAAGUUAUUGGUACUGUUAUAACCGAGUGGGCGGAAGGUGUAGUAUUGUGGGAUAAAAUACUGCAGUCGGAGAAUGACUGGCAACACUUUGCAAGUGCUCUCGUGGCUAUCGCUAAGACCUUAAGGUUCGAUGGAUGGCUUCUUAACAUUGAGAACAAGAUAUCGAAGCCGGCCGUACUAUUGCAGUUUGUCCGCUACUUGCACGAUAUUCUGCACCAGGAGCUGGAGAACCCAGUGCUGAUCUGGUAUGACAGCGUGACAGUUGAUGGUCAUCUUAAUUGGCAAAACGGACUCAAUGAAAAAAACAGGGGCUAUUUCGACGUAGUAGAUGGAAUUUUCACUAACUAUUCAUGGUCGGAAAAGGAAGUGGAGUCCAGCGUGGUGGCGGCAGGCGAGCGGCUGACCGAUUUAUUUAUUGGUAUUGAUGUUUGGGGACGAAAUUUUUAUGGCGGUGGACAAUUCAACACACAGGAGGCCAUACAAGUGGCCUUUACGUAUGGUUGUUCGCUUGCGAUAUUUGCACCGGCUUGGACUCACGAGGCCAUGUCCGAAGACGUUGGCGAUAUUAACACAAUAGAAAAUGCGGAAGAUCUGGACACCUACGAAAGGUUUCUGCUCCGAGACCGAGCGCUUUGGUGCAGCUUGUGGCCGUACCUUAAUACCAAGCUGCCCACCGUUUUACCUUUUCAGACCUCCUUUUGCAGGGGACAGGGGAAAAAGAGGCGAUUAUAUGGAGAGGUAAUUUGUCCAGGGCCUUGGUACAAUUUACGCCACAUGCAGUAUCAGCCGAACUCGUCCUACGGGCCUCAUGGUUAUCUCUUAUCAACUCAGGACAACAUCGCUCAUCUCUCUCGUAUCGGCUUUCUGAAAAACAAAGCCGGUAUUCUCAAAUACAGACGGUCGCUCGAGGUCAGUAGGGUUGAACUAGUUCCUGGAAAGAGUAAGGAGGUAUCGCUAUCCCUAAAAGAAGACAGCCUGACCGUUCUGACUCAAGAAGAGACAAUCGAAGUGACGAAUGAAACUCAAGAAGGUCGCAUCAGCGUCAAGCGGAAAAUGCAGAACGCGUUACGAAAUUUGUUCCGGUCGAAAGCAGCGAGGACGGCGCCCGCGGAAGAGACGAGCGAGCCCGACAAGAGCUCUCUCGCGACGUCGGGGCGAUCCAUGGUGCAAAUGUCGGUGAACUUACGAUUAGGGAAUAAAACGAGCAAGACGAGGUACGCUUUGGCUUACGUUUCGACGGAGUUGGAGUGCCUGGAGCCGUUCUACGAAGACAGCUUCCUCGGGGGCUCCUGCCUCAAAGUGAACCCCUGUGACACAGUGAACAGAGAACAUCGACUGUCCCGGUUAUUCUUUUGCGAUUUCCAUAGUAAGAACAAUUUAAUCGUAUGUGUGGUGACCAAAAAUUUAAUGGGACAUGAGAACCAGUUUUUAAACUUGAAGCUCUAUUUAACGGAUAUGAUGAAUAAAUAUAAGAAAGUGGUGUUGGUGGGUCGCAGCGUGCCGCACGAGUCCGAAGCUGCUUCCGCUGCCGAAGUCAUGAACCUGUACCCCUUGAGUGACCCAGCGGACUCUGGGUUCAGAGAAUUACAGAAGUACGUGGUGCUGAACGAACCGGGUUUUUACAUGCCCGUUGCGAACGCAUACGGAUGGAAAGUUAGGUACUACGAGGUCCCGCUGCCCGGGGCCCGCGUGACGUCUAUCAACUGCCGGACCGGCCUCGCCGAGGGACCGAUACUCUUGGGCUAUUUCGGAAUUUGCGCAAGGAAUCAUUCUGAGAAUGAUUAAGCAAAUGAUAAUUAAUCAAUUUUCCUAAACGUAUAAGGAAAAAUAUACACUAAUAAAAUAAAUACAAUAUUAA